CCCCGCAGCUUCUUCCAUCCGCAUCACCGCCAGCCUGCGCGGCGAUUUAAAAUUAACGACCAGUGGUGACCUCUGACCCCUGCGGGAUGCUGGACGCGGUGAGGAUGAAGGAGGCCUGCCGGAUCUGCGCCCGGGAACUGUGCGGGAACCAGCGGCGCUGGAUCUUCCACCCCGCAGCCAAGCUGAGCCUGCAGGUGCUGCUGGCCCACGCCCUGGGCCGCGGGCUGGGCCGGGACGGCCGCGGGGAGUUCGCCUGCUCCAAGUGCGCCUUCAUGCUGGAGCGGAUGUUCCGGUUCGACACGGUGGUGGCCCGGGUGGAGGCGCUGUCCCUGGAGCGGCUGCAGCGGCUGCUGCUGGAGAAGGAGCGGCUGCGGCUCUGCGUCGCGGGGCUGUACCGCAGGAGCAACCCGGGGGAGGCCGGCGGGGAGGACGCGGAGCUGGACGGAACCUACGCGGACCUGAUCCAGGACGACCUGGUGUUCUCCGGGUUCGAGUCCUGGGCGGAUCGGGAGGACGCGGCGCCGGACCAGCCGCUCCACCACUGCACCGGAGCCGAGGCCGGCCUGAAGCCCCGCAGGUGCCGCGGCUGCGCGGCGCUGCGGGUCGCGGACUCGGACUACGAGGCGGUCUGUAAGGUUCCGAGAAGGUUCGGUCGCAGAAGCACCUCCUGCGGGCCGUCGACCCGCUACUCCGCCUCCGCUGUGGGGGUGGAGGACCUGAGCAGAACCUGCGAGGCAACACCGGUCCCGAUGGAUGUUCCUGCAGCCGACAAACGGAGCCACAGCCCCGCGUCCUCCGUGGAGUCUCUGGAGCUGCACAGAACCAAGGAGGAACCGGACCCGAACCCGAACCCGGAGGAGACUGGGAGCUCCCUGCCCAGGGCGGAGGCGCUGCUGGGCCUCCUGCGGGGCUGGGAGUACCGGCCGGUGACCCCGCCCAGGGGCAGCAGGCUCCCGGUUCUGGUCAAAGGCAAGCUGGAUCCGAACCCGUCCUCCCACCCGGCCGUCCCGGUGGUGGUGCAGGCGGAGCUGGAGGAGCUGCAGGAGCUGCAGGAGCAGUGGCUGGAUGACUACCUGCCGUUCCAGCAGGUAGACGGAGAGCCGAGGCGGUGGCGGGAAAAGCGGGCCUGCGCCACGGGGAGGGCGCCGCCUGCAGGGGGCGCCACAUGUUGGGGAACUGAGCAUCUAGUGAACAUUUUCUGGAUGAGGCUGCAGGCGACCUUCACUUCGUCCUUCAGAACCAGCAGCAGCGCCGCGUCCUCCAUCUUGGAAUUUGGUUUCGCUCGUAAAGCCACGACGCUAAACGAAGAAAACGGCGACAUGCUGAAGGAGCAGAAGGAGAACCGAGACUCUGUGCUGCAGAAGCUGCGGCAGCGAAUAGCGCAGCGAGACGCAGCGCUGCAGCGAGCAUCGGACCAGGCGUUUCGCUCGGCGCAGCAGCGGGACGCGGCGAGCCGGCGGCUGCAGCUGCUGCUGCGGGAGAAGGAGCGCGACCUGGAGAGGCAGCGCCGCGUUCUGGCCCACAACGAGGAAACCAUCGCUAGCCUGCAGGCGCUGCUGAGGGGGAAGGAGCUGCAGCUGCAGCAGCUGGACGACGCCUGCGCCGGCGUCCGGCGGCGGCAGCGGGACUCCGACGAGCGGACCAGUCAAAUCCUGAGGGAGAGAGACGGCGUCAUCGAGCAGCUGCAGGCGGCGCUGCUCGCUCGCACGCAGGAGGCCCAGGACCUGCUCUGCUCUCUGCUGCCUCAGGUCCAGUCGGCGCCGGUUCAGGUUCUGGAGGAGCUGAAGCUCCGCCUCCAGCUGAAAGACCGCCUCUUCCAGGAAGUGAUGUCAGACCGGACCCGGCAGGCCCGGGAGCACCAGGAGCAGGUCCAGGAUCUGCUCAGAACCGUCAGCGCCAGGGACCAGUACAUCCAGGACUCAGCGGCCCGACUCACCGAGGUUCUGGAAGAGCAGACCCACAGAGUCCAGGAGCUGCGGCGGCAGCUGGGCUCCGGGUCGCAGCCGGACGCAGCGCUGCAGCAGGAGCUGCAGCAGGAGCUGCAGCAGGAGGAGCAGAACCAGGAGGAGACGAGGAGUCGGGCCGAGCAGCUGGACCAUCUGAGCCGCAGUCUGAGCCUGAAGGACGAGAUCAUCAGGGACCUUCAGAGGAAGAUGGCGGACCCGUCGGACCUUCCUCUGGUGGAGCGGCUGACCCUGGAGGUCCAGGAGCUGAGGGAGGUUCUGGCCCGGCAGCCUGAGUUUGGAGAGCUGAGCGGCGAGGAGGAAGAUGAGCAGAGUGAGGAUGAUGAUGAAGAUGGUGGUGGUGAAGAGUCUAGCACCCGGGGUCGGCAGCUGGAGGCUGAAGGGCUGAUGGAGGUCAAGCAGCUGGUGGAGCAGAAGCAGCUGGUGGACAGAGAGCUGGCGGAGCUGAAGGCUCAGCUGGAGAAGGCCGGCUUCUCUUCGCUGUCCCAGAUGAGGAGAGCUUUGUUCAGCCUGCGAUCGGAGAACGAGGACUUGAAGCUCCAGCUGGCUGGCGGCGGGCAGGCCGUGGAGGAAGAGGAGGAGGAGGAAGAGGAGGAGGAGGAGGAGGAAGAGGAGGAAGAGGAGCAGAGCUCUGGGAUGUGGGAAGCCUGGGAUGGAGAUCUGUCCCUGUCUGACGUCAGGACUCGUAGCCACGGCGACCAGAAGACAGAGGAGGGCGACGGAGCCGAGACGCUCACCGGCUCCUCACAGGACGACGAGCCGGCCAAUCAGCAGCGGCGGCCGGACGUCUCGCCCUCAGCGGCCUGUGGGAAGACGGUCCGUCUGCGGCUGCAGGACUACAGAGAGCAGCUGGCAGAAACAGCCGUGCAGCAGGACAGCAAGCUGGUCCAGGUGGACCUGCAGGAUCUGGGCUAUGAGACCUGCGGCCGCAGCGAGAACGAGGCGGACAGGGAGGAGGCCAGCAGCCCAGAGUUCGACGACCUGGAGAUGUGCACGUCUCUGGACCUGGGCUCCCAGUGGCGGCCCGGCGGCGCCGCCCGGCCCGGCGGCGACGGCGAGGCCGGCCGCCUGCCGCGGGCCGAGGACGACGAGGCCUGGCGGCCGUCUGACGGAGCCUCGCAGCGUCGCCAUGACGACGGCCUCCAGGAGCUGACGUCCAGAGUGGACGCUCUGGAGGACCAGCUGAGGAGAGGAGGCAGGACGGAGGAAGGGCCCUCUGCUACCUGGCCGGGGAAGCUGGACUCCCUGCUGAAGGCUCAGGCCAGUGACCUGUCGCUGCUGCGCCAGCGGCUGCGUGAUGCGCGGCCCGCCUGCGGCCUGCUGCGCCGCCACCUGGCCGCCACCACCCGCGCCUUCGAGGAGCUGCUGCGCGCCAACGACGUCGACUACUACACGGGCCAGAGCUUCAGGGAGCAGCUGGCCCAGAGCGCCGCCCUGGCCCAGCGGGUCGGCGCCAGGAUCGGCGGACCUGAGCUCGGAACCAAACGGACCCUCGCGUCUGAGGACCCGGAGGAGACGACGCAGCUGCUCGCCGUCCGGCUCAGUAAGGAGCUGCAGCAGAAGGAUAAAGUGAUCGAAUCUCUCCGAGCCAAACUGGACCAGCAGCAUCAUCAUCAUCAUCAUCGCUCCGACUCGCCCAGCAGCAGCCACGCCCUCUCUGACAUCACCGACCAAUCAGAUCGCAUCUCUUACGUGUCCGACGAGCACGGCUCCACCAACGGCGACCCGGAGUUGUGCUGCGACGCAGACGGUGCCGGCGGACUCGGACCUGAGGAAAACAGGGAUGCUACUGGGACCGGUGAGUCCGACCAGCAGGGGGCAGCAGGGGGCAAAUAUAAACUACAAACCUUUAACGCUCUCUUCCCUGCAGGGUUUUCCACUCCCAGGUCUCUCCACGGUCUCCCCCCGUUCGUCCCUCAGCAUCAUGCUGACGCCGCCGGCUGCCUGCCGCUCUCCUACAGAGGCUUCCCUCCACCUCCGUUCGGCGGCCUGGACGUCGCCAUGGCGACGCGAGGCGGCGCCGGCCUGCUGGAAAGACGUGCAUUGUGGGAAACGCCGCGCGGCGUGGGAGCCGACCUGUCGUCCGGGUCGUCGGGUUACCAGUCAGGAACCGGACAACCAGGUUCGGACCUGAUGAAGGAGCACCUGGCAGAGAUCCGGAGUCUGAGGCGGAGACUGGAGGAGUCCAUCCAGACCAACGACCGGCUCCGGCUGCAGCUGGAGGACCGGCUGGCCCACAGAACCGGGGACAAAGGAGCUCCGACCAACAUCUACAUCCAGGGCCUGGACUCGGCCGGCCAGCUGUCCGAGCUGCGCCUCCUGCAGGAGGAGAACGCCGCGCUGCAGGCGCAGCUGCAGGCGCAGCUGCAGCGAGAGGGCAGCAGAGAGGCGGAGCUUCUGAGGGAGGCGGAGCUUCUGAGGGAGGCGGUCCUCCAGGAGCGCUCCAGGCUGAAGGAGGCGGAGCUGGAGACACAGAGGUGGGCGGAGCUAAGCCAGAGGCUGCAGGCGGAGGACGCAGUUCGCUGCCAGGAGGUGGCGCAGCUGAGACAGCGGAACCAGGAAGCCGUCACCAGGCUGCAGCACGAGGCGAGCGUCCUGCGCCUGCGCCGGGACCAGAGCCGCCGCUUGAGCCACACGCUGCAGGAGGCGAAGAGCCGAGGCUGGGAACAGGACUCACACCCAGGUGAGGUGGCUAAUGGCUCUCUGCCAGUGACCUUUGACCCCAGAGAGCUUCACAUCCAGCUGAAGCAGCAGCUGAGCAGCCAGCCUGCAGCCAGGAGGCGACUCUUCAGCGGUGAAGACGUUUCUCCGCCCGUCAGAGACAGCGGGCCAAUCAGAGACAACGGGCCAAUCAGAGACUGCGGGCCAAUCAGCGGCCCAACCAGAGACAGCGGGCCAAUCAGCGGGCCAAUCAGAGACAGCGGCCCAAUCAGCGGGCCAAUCGGAGACAGCGGGCCAAUCAGAGACAGCGGSCCAAUCAGCGGGCCAAUCAGAGACAGCGGCCCAAUCAGAGACAGCGGCCCAAUCAGCGGGCCAAUCAGAGACAGCGGCCCCGUUGCUGCUCCGUCUCGGCUUCCUCCGCCCCAGACGGCUGAUCCAGCUGUCUGCGCCCAGCAGGGCGGCGCUCCCGAGGGGGGCCACCAGGCCGUCGGCCAUCUUGGAGACCUCCAGGCCCUGCAGCAGCAGCUCCAGGAAGGGGCCACCCUGGCUGCUCAGAUGGAGGCCGCCCUCUGUUCCCUGAGCGCCUCGCAGAGGCUUCAGCAGCCUUUGGACAGAGGGUGCGUCAGCAACCUGCUGUCGGACUCCAAAACGCUGAAGCGGACCCUGCAGGAGGCGGAGUCUCUGCUGCAGGCGACCUGGACGGCGGAUCUGACCGACUCUGAGGAAGACAGACAGGACAAGCCGCUGAGGGACGAGCCGCUGAGGGACGAGGUCGUCCGUCUCCGGGUGAAGCUGUCAGAGCGGGACCAGGCUCUAAGGGACGCCAUGGAGAGACUGAAGAGCUUCAGCCUCACCAAGGACAGCAUGGAGCAUCUGAUCGUCAGCCAGCUGUCCAGAACGCGGGACGUCCUGAGGACAGCGAAGACCAACCUGCAGGAGAACAAACUCAGGAUCUGCUCCCUUCCAGCCUCUGUCUCUGUCCCCUCCCCCCCCUGCGGCCCAGUAAAGGUGAAAAGCCAGGGGGCGCCACUGAGCUCGGCUCCCCUGCUGGUUGGAGCGUCCUGACACCCUGGAUCUAGCUGCUCACCAGCGCCCCCUGCAGCCCGGCGGCCCGGCUGAGACCUCCAGAACCUCCAGUGUCCAGACGUGCGGCUGGCAGCUGAAACCAGAAUCUGGACCCUCACAGAUCCCAGUUUCUGCCGUCUGCAGGCCUGUCGAUGGAGGCGAAGCCAUGACCCCUGAUGUUACUGCUGUAGUUCAGUCACUGGUCAAAUCCUCAGUGGGCGGAAAAAUAACUUUACCCACAGAAACGUCUCUUUUGGUUCUGCUUCUCAAGCUGCAAAGUAUUUUAUUAUUUUAGAUACUUGUUGGUGUAAAUCUGAGCUUUUCUCCACUGAAACACUGAAUCCAGAGAUGCUGCUGUGAACCUGCAGCAUCUCUGGAUGAAGCCCAGAAACCAGCCAGAACCGGAUCGGACCUCCUGCAGGUUCACGAGCCCUUAUCAAGGUCUAGGUGAGGUCUAGGUGAGGUCAAGGUGAGGCCUUCUCAGGGUUUUAGAGCGCCGGUGGGAGAAGGCUGGUCAGGUUUCCUGUUCCCUAGACUAAAGGCCUGGAGCCUCGUCUCUCUGGCUCCAGGCCUUUAGCCUCGUCUCUCUGGCUCCAGGCCUUUAGCCUCGUCUCUCAGGUUCCAGGCCUUUAGCCUCGUCUCUCAGGUUCCAGGCCUGGAGCCUCGUCUCUCAGGUUCCAGGCCUUUAGCCUCGUCUCUCAGGUUCCAGGCCUUUAGCCUCGUCUCUCAGGUUCCAGGCCUGGAACCUCGUCUCUCAGGUUCCAGGCCUUUAGCCUCGUCUCUCAGGUUCCAGGCCUGGAACCUCGUCUCUCAGGUUCCAGGCC